AUGAAAAACUUUACUGUUUUUGAGAAGUUGGGAGAAGGUAUUAUAAUUUUGAUAAAUGUGAUUAAUUUUAGGUUCAUUCUCAACAGUGUUAAGAGUAAAAAGGUAAUCUGAUUAAUAAGAAUAUGCAAUGAAAAAAGUAAGGAUGGGAUAAUUAAAGGAGAAAGAGAAAGAGAAUUCACUUAACGAGAUUCGUAUAUUGGCAAGCAUUUCACAUCCGAAUAUAAUAGGUUAUAAGGAAGCAUUUUAUGAUGAAUAAUCUUAAAGUUUAUGUGUAGUGAUGGAGUAUGCUGAUUAAGGUGAUUUAUAAUAAUAGAUAUAAUAACAUAUACAUAAGAAGUAAUUAAUUUAAGAAAUAGAGAUAUGGAAAAUGAUAUAUUAAAUGACUAUUGGUAAUAAGUAGAUUUAUUUAAUAGCAUUAAGAACGUUACAUUAAAUGAAAAUAUUGCAUAGAGAUUUGAAAUCUGCAAAUGUAUUUCUUCACUAAGGAAAUUAUAAAUUAGGAGAUAUGAAUGUAUCAAAGGUAGCUAAAAAGGAUUUGGUUUAUACUUAAACAGGAACUCCAUAUUAUGCAAGUCCUGAAGUAUGGAGAGAUUAGCCAUAUGAUGCUAAAAGCGACAUAUGGAGUUUAGGAUGUGUGGCAUAUGAAAUGGCUGCACUUAAACCUCCUUUUAGAGCUUAAAAUAUGGAAGGAUUAUAUAAAAAAGUAUAAAGAGGAUUAUAUGAACGAAUACCAUCUAAAUUUAGUGGUGAAUUAAUGACUGUUAUUGGUCUAUGUUUAUAAGUACAAAGCAAAUAAAGACCUACAUGUGCUUAAUUACUUAAUAAUCCUAUUUUAUUAAGGAAUGCUAGAUAAUUCAUUAUAGAAAGUAGAGUUUCAUAAUAAACAUAAUCAUCUCAUGCUGGUUCUAAUAUUCUAUUAUAAACUAUAAAAUUACCAAAAAAUUUAAAGUAAUUAAAAGAGAAAUUACCUAAAUCUAAAUACUUUAUUGAAAGUGUUAAUAAAUCUUAUGAUGAAAGUUAAGCUAAUAGUUCAUUCUUACCAUAAAUAAAUCAUACUAAAGAAAUUAGACCUAAUUGUUCUGUUCCACCUUUAAAGAGUGAUAGAUAUCAAUAAUAAUAAUAAAUAUAAUAGAAUUCAUUACAUGAAGAAAGAUCAAAAUCUAUUGUUAAUUCAGUUCAAUUAUUAGAGAUGGAAAGAAUAAGAUAAAAGAAACUAUUAGAAAAAUAAUAAAAUUUAAAAAUUAGCAUCAUUCAUUAAAAUGCUGUUCCUUAUAUUAAUAGUUCUUCAUCUUAAAUUUAAAAUCUGUAUGCUAACAAAUAACACAAUAUUAGAGAUGCUCAAAAAUAAUUUAUAGAAGCACCUAAGCCAAUAUGGUGGGGUUGA